AUGCGGCGAUCCUUGAAGGACAUGAUGCCGUUCGUCAACUCCUUGCUCGAUCUGCCCCUUCAGGCCCACAGGUCGAGAAGGUGGGCCUCCCUGGAUCCGCGCGACAUCUGGGGGAGGUUCGUCGAUAUCGCGUGUAACAGAUUGGUCAUUCGAGUGCGGCCGGCGUGGCCGCGUUAGCCUGCCACCAGGGACGAGUAUUCCCGGGUUUCCCCGUCCGCCAUUUUUUUCCGUUUGGGCCGAUUUUUUCCGGUUGGGCGAUUUUUUACCGUCUGGGCCGGGUCCCGACGGAAAAAUCCACCGGGUUAUUGAGGAUUUUCAGUUUUUUUUGGCCGCAAGAAAUACGCCGGCAACUUUUUCCGUCGAGGACGGGACGAAGCGGCACGUACGAGCGCAAGCAAUCAAGCGCUCCCUGCGCAGAAGGCUGAGCAGCGGAGACUGGGGUUUCUUUCACAGCAACGUGUGUGCAGUUGUUCAGUCGGUAUUCGGGCGCGCGAGAAGGUUUUUGGUGCCCGCGUGCGGCGGAACAGCAGCUCGCGUUUUAUUUUGAACCGGAUCAUCUUUGAUCGAGGUAGGAGGGCCUCUGGAAGAGGAGAGAGGAUCGCGACUCAGCGCGAGGCGGCAGGAGCCCAGGCGGCAAGAGCCCGACCGUCUGUGAGUAGGUAGGAGGAGAAGGAGGAGGGCGCGUCCCUGAGUGGUUGCAUGGACAGCAGUGCGACCGGAGAGGAGAGCGACUCCGGCAGCAGCUCCAGCUUGGUCGUAGAUGUGGUUCCUGCCUCGCGUGCACGUGGAGGUGGUACGCAGGAAGUCAGCUGUGA